ACGCGCACCAUAAACGUCGGCACAAAAUUUACAGCAGCAUUCGCACACAUGAAAACCCGAGUAUCGGUAAAAAGUAAAAAAGAAAUACAAGAAGUACAUAUAAAAAAAGGAAAUAAAACAAAAGAGUGAAGCGAGUGCACAAAAACAAAAUGCUAAAAAGAAUCUGUAAUAAGAAACCUACGCAAACAUUUCAAAUAAUUUUAGAAUAAUUGAAACGUCUAUUUUUUUUAUCGCUCUCAACGGUGUGAAUGUGUGUGUGUGGGUGACUUUUUAUUUUGGUUAAAAAUCGAAAAAGAAUUUUGUGUUAAUAAAUUUCAUGUACAUUUGAAUGGAUUCAAUAUUUUUCGAAGAAUAAAAGUUAUGUUUUCGUUUUGUCGCUACGAUUUAAGAAAUAGUGUAAAACAUUAAUUGUUCCUGACUUAGGAAGUGUGGAAUAUUAAAAAUAAAUGAAAAUCAACACAUGAAUUUUGAAUUAUUUGACGAAAAAAGAUUCGCAACAACCGGCCAAACGACGACACUAAACUCGUAUACAAUUAAAAAAAAGAGAAGCAACCAAACUUUUUCAGUGUGGCGAUCGUUGAUGGUAGAAAUUAACCGAAUCAUAAAUGCUAUAGAAAAUUUCGGAAAAUGCGACAAACUCGUUCGCGUACAAAAGCACAAAAUCUCCCCGAGGAUGUACAGCAGUUAGAGAAAGCAAUUGACACACUUAGCCCAAACGAACUACGAAAAUUGUUAAACUAUCGUUCUUCUGACAAAUCAUCGCAGUCCAGCCUUCGAAGUCGAAGCUAUGAUCUAUUGAGAUCUAAUUAUUUGGCAACUAAAUCGAGACUACAAACCAUUUUGGAUAAACAAAACGAAACAACUGAGAGUCGUUCAUCUUCACCGCAAAUUUAUUCGGCAUCUGUGUCGAGUCGAUCGCAAUCAAAUCCACUGGCAUCUCUAACAACACCAGCCGUGUCAUUGGGACAAAUACAAUCGCAAGUUAGCAACACACCUUACAAUUCAUUUCAACCACAAAUCACAUCGUUUCUGCACCAAUUUGAGCAAUUCGCUAAUAAUAAAAGCCAACAAGCAGCCCAACCGCUAAGACAAUCAUAUCAAAGGCCAGCGUUGCCAUCAUUAGCCAUACCACAAGUAGCAGAACGAUCAUCAACCACUGAACUGGCGAACAACGGAAUAAUGUAUCAACCGAAUUUGAAUGUGAUGCCAACAGCAACUGGUAAUGGUGCCGCUAUACCUCACACAAAUGGAAUGGUCAAUAGUGGCUAUGGAACUGUACCGCAACCGGGCGUUGCACAAAAUUUGCCCGUGCAUCCAGAUGUUCGUUUGAAAAAAUUGGCAUUCUUCGAUGUGAUGGCCACAUUAUUAAAACCAUCAACACUUUUACCUACAUCAAAUUCGCAACGAAUGCAAGAGGGCACAUACUAUUUUCAUUUAACGCCGCAACAAGCAACAGACAUCGCCAGCAAUAGAGAUAUUCGGAAUAGCCAGAAAAUUGAGCACAUCAUACAAGUUCAAUUAAGAUUUUGUUUAUUAGAAACAUCUGCCGAACAAGAAGAUUAUUUUCCGCCUAAUGUUAUUGUAAAAGUUAAUAAUAAGUUAUGCCCAUUGCCAAAUCCCAUUCCGACAAAUAAGCCUGGCGUCGAACCGAAACGGCCACCACGACCGGUUAACAUUACCACAAAUGUUAAACUUUCACCGACGGUUGCCAACAAUAUAAAUGUGUCGUGGUGUACAGACUUUAAUAAAGGUUUCGUCAUAUCAGCAUAUUUGGUAAAGAAAUUGACAUCAAGUCAAUUGCUCACACGAAUGAAGGCAAAAGGAAGUAAACCUGUAGAAUUUACACGGUCUCUGAUCAAAGAUAAACUGAAAGAAGAUGCUGACAGUGACAUUGCGACAACAGAGCUGCGUGUAUCACUAAUGUGCCCGCUUGGAAAAAUGCGAAUGACCACGCCGUGCCGAGCAUCGACGUGUCUGCAUUUACAAUGCUUUGAUGCAUCAUUGUUUUUACAAAUGAAUGAACGCAAACCAACGUGGAAUUGUCCUGUUUGCGAUAAAGCGGCGCUGUAUGAAACACUAGUAAUUGAUGGUUAUUUCCAAGAGGUAUUACAGUCAGACGCACUUCCACCAGACACAAAUGAAAUUCAGUUACUAAAGGAUGGCUCGUGGACAACACAUGAUAGCAAUUCAGAUUCUAACUAUUUAGACACACCUCGAAAAUCUACACACAAAGUGGAAGUAAUCUCAGAUGACAUAGAAGUAAUAAUAGCCGAUGAUUCACCGAAAUCAAGUAUUAAGACACAAGCAAUGAAUGGUUCCACGACAAAUACGACAACAUCGGCGACAAGCAAACCAAAUGAACCAUCAUCGACGACGACUGGCGAUUCGGUGGACUUAACACUGAGCGAUUCAGACGAUGAAUGUGUUCAAGUUCGUCAGGGAAUCAACAACAGUACGAACAAUAAUUCAAGUGCUUCAAACAAAGGAACAUCAGCAACACCUGUCAUUACAAAUGAUGCAAUAAUAUCGCUGGAUUCGCCAUCGCCGCCGGCAUCACCGUCAGUGCUAUCCGGACGAAAUUCAGACUUCACAGGUAACGGAUAUACUACAAAUAUAAGUACGGCAUCAGCCAAUUUGAAUGCAGCAUUGCUGGCCAACAGUUUUGAUGCUCAUGCGUAUCUCAAUUUUCCCGACUUUUCGUCCAGCGCAACACAAAGCUCAAUCGACAGAUCCGACCCAUUGUUGAUAUACAAGAACAGUAUGAACAGUAUGAAUUGGCUGAAUCAACAGCUACCAUCCUCAACCGAUUGGGAACUUCUUAGAUCGCAUAGCGAAGAUUCAAAUCAACAAAAUCCAUUUUAACACUCCCCCUCAUCAUUCUCACACACACAUAUAUCGUUCAUCUUAAUCACCGUCUCAACAAACUCAUCGACAUCUGUGUUGUGGAUACUGAAUGAUAACAAAGACCCAAAUUAUUUAUAUCAAUUCUUUGAAACGUACAAACCAUUUAUUUUAUUUGAAGCACUUCAUGAAAUUCGAUUAUUUCAUACAUGACACACAAAAAGCAAGCAGUGAAAUGACAUUUGAACAAAUUUUUCUAGCGUUACAUUUUUCUUGUUUUUUUUUAGUAUUCUAUUAUUCUUUCGUUUGCCGCUUAAACACAUUUAUAUUUUUGUGAAUUUUUUUUCAUCCAUUUAUUUUUUGGACUCUAUGAAGCAAAUGUUAUGUGAGAGCAUUUUUUUUAGAAAUUUUUCUAUAUUAUAAAUGUAAGUAUCAAAUCGAAA